UCGCUGAGGGCUGGGUUAAUUUCAAAUCCCUGUGAAAGGGGAGAGUGUCGUUAGUGAACGGUCUGUCCAUUGGUGUGGUGGAGAUUGCGGAGAGGCUGAGGUGUGAAGGUCAAUUCAAGAAAUGGAUGCGCAAACUGACAAAGAUUUCAAUCUUUUAUCUGAAGAGAAUUCUGACCUUGACAUUCUGUUAUCUCCUGCAAGUGGAAAAAGUGAUGAUGAUGAUGAAGUUUUUCUUGGGCCAGUUCGGCAUGUGGAAAAAUGUGUUGCUAUUGGAAUCGAAUUAAAUUGCAAGGAAGAUAAAUGUUCAAAGGCCACAGAGGCUGAGAAUUGGAGUCCUUCAAACACAGACCUGUUUUUUGAAGUUUCCAAAGAAGCCAACUUAUUAGCACAACGCUUUGAAAACCAUAUGGAGGGAAGAUCUAAGAAAAUGGGAAAUCAAAUGACUCACAAUAAAAUGGUGGAACAAUUUAUAGAGGAAUCUAAAUUAAAACUAACCCUUCUAAAAGGUAUUAGCAGCCCAAGUUGUUCAAGAAGAGAAACUUUUGUAGUUCAAGAUAGUCCAUUGAGGUUACUUCCACCUGCAAUCCAGAAACGUCUGCAGGUUAAUUCCCAAAAUGCUCAACCUCAUUUUCCAUUUAAACCACCAAUGAAAGUUGCUAUUCAGGUAUCCAGCUCUUCAAUGCAGCCCCAACAAAACUCUGGAAAUCCAUCAUUAGUUAGUAAUAAUGUGGCUUGGACUGAGAACAAUACUUCAAGGGAAGAUCCAUCAGUCAAACAAGCAAAAAAUGAACUAGCAAAACAUGAACCAGCAAAAUAUGAUGCAUCAGAAAAGCCUAAGUCAGGAACUAGGUUGACACACUGCGGAAUGAAACUAUUGAACAAUACUUCAUCGGACAAUCUCCCAGAUGCUGUUGCUAAUACUUCCAAUGAGUGUGAUUCUCCUCCCCAUUCUAAUGCUCUUGGCCGUAAGGAUGGAUCACUGGCUGCACACCAGGUCAGUGAACCAAAUUUACCUGGGUUUAAAGCUUCGAAUUCUAUGACCAAGGAUCGUACUGGUUCUGCAGCAAGGACUCUCAACCGUACCUCUUUGUUGUCAUCCGGUCUUCAUUCUCAUCUCCACAAUUCCAAUAGUGGUGGCAGAGUGCCCCGAACCAUGCGCUCAAAUGCAUCAAACCUACAAACCUUGAAAAACAGCAGCAGAAUUGCCAGCCCAAAGACCAAGUCAUCUAGUUCUAGGUGCUCAAUAGAUGUUCCAAGAACAUCACUAACACCAGCAAAUACUUGUAAAGUAACUGCUCCUGGAAUGAUGAGUCAGAAAGGAACAGGGAUGCAGAGUCUUCCUAAUAAAGGUUUACAAAGAAUUAGCUCAACCGAUACAAAUGUUGAUACUAAAGUCAAGUCAAACCAAACAGUAAAUACACUAGGGAGAGAUCGGUGCCCAAAGACCAAAGCUUCUGUUAAUAGCCAAGCUGUGAAAAGAUCCAGCGCACCUUCACCUGGAACAGCAAGGCCAAAAGCAACACAACCAAAGAAGCUGUUGUCCUGCAGUGCAGUUGAGAGUGGUACAGAGUUUUGUACUCCAAAUAAACCACCUAUUCGAGGAAUGCUGCAAACACCUAUCUCAAACAAGCUGGCAUCCAUAACAUCUGCAACAAAACGUUUAUCUGCUUUACCCACACCAUUAAAUCGCCGCAGAUCAGGUAUUCCAACGUUCACUCCUCAAACACAACCAAGACCUGUGUCAUCUCUCAAAGCCACAACUACACGAAACCGCAGUAUGUCAGCCAGUGAGACCAUUCUCAAAAGUGAACAGAUGUCGAAAAAGCCAGAGGGUCUUUGCUCAUCUGAUUCUUCUGAAGAGGAUAUGCCUCCAUCCAUGGUUCCUUGCGUUCUUGAUUUCUCUCCUGAUAAACCACUAGAAGAAGCUUUAAAGCACACAUCUGAGCCUCAAAGCAAGGAGAAUUUCACUGUUGAAGCUGGUACAAAAAAUAAGCAAAAUCAAGACCGUCCACUUAUUGAUCUCUCAAAUACUCCUGAAAUAAAUAGAGUUGCACCAAUGAAGGCUCCUGAGCCGCUUAUAGAUUUCAACUCUCCGCUGAUUAUAUUGAGCCCUGCAAAUAAGGAAAAUGUGAAUCUGGACUCUCCUUUACUGAAGUUUUAAAGAUGCUUUCUAUGG